AUGCUUCGUGGGUAUUUUUGGCGGGUUAUUCUCGAGGUCGAUAAUAAGACUUUGGUAGAUAAAAUCAACAAUGGUUCGGAUGCGGGGCAUUUCUCCAACUUGAUUGCUGCGAUUCAAUCUAUAAUUGCUAAGGAUUGUGAUGUUAGAGUUUGUCAUGUUUUCAGAGAAUCAAAUUUUGCGGCAGAUCAUCUCGCUUCUAUGAGCGAUGAGAAUUUGAUUGGGUUCAUCUCUCAUGUUAGUCCUCCGCCCAGCUUAGGCUUUUGGUUAAUACACGAUUUAUACGGUGUGUCGUAUGACCGCUGUGUUUAG